AUGAAACUCACCCUCCUCGCCUUCCUCCUCGCCUUCCUCCUCGCCCAGGCGUGGGCUAGUCCCCGGGCCAAACGGGCCUCUUCUUUCAAAUGGUUCGGCAGCAACGUUUCCGGCGCCGAAUUCGGGCAGGGAAAUAUCCCCGGCACCUUAGGAACAGACUACAUCUGGCCGUCUGCAAGCGACAUCACGCCGCUCGUCAACGCAGGGAUGAAUAUCUUCCGGGUGCCGUUUCUUAUGGAACGUUUGGUGCCGGAUAAUUUGACUGGUGAGGCGGAUGCCACCUACAUGGCGGAUUUGAAGGCUACGGUAAAAACGAUUACGGAUUUGGGGGCGUAUGCGGUGGUUGAUCCGCAUAAUUUUGGGAGAUAUUACGGCGAGAUCAUCACCUCAACUAGUGACUUUGGGGCUUUUUGGACGACCGUUGCGAAAGAGUUUACCGAUAAUGACUUGGUUAUUUUUGAUACCAAUAAUGAAUACCACGACAUGGACCAAACCCUCGUCCUCAACCUCAGCCAAGCCGCCAUCAAUUCCAUCCGAUCUGUCGCCACAAGCCAAUACAUCUUCAUCGAAGGCAACUCCUACAGCGGCGCCUGGACCUGGACCACCACCAACACCAACCUCGGCAACCUCACCGACCCCAGCAACAAACUCAUCUACGAGAUGCACCAGUACCUGGACAGUGAUGGGUCCGGGACGAGUUCGACGUGCGUGAGCUCGACGAUUGGCGCGGAGCGGGUCGCCGAUGCCACGACCUGGUUGAAGGAGAAUGGGAAGUUGGGCGUGUUGGGGGAGUUUGCGGGCGGGGCGAAUACGGUUUGUGAGGAUGCGGUCGUGGGGAUGUUGAGUGCUUUGGAGGAGGCCAGUGAUGUGUGGUUGGGGAGUGGGGGGGUUGCGUAUGAGUAUUAUUUGGACGUCUUGGAGGGGUAUACUCCUGGUGGUGCUACUGGUACUAGUAGUGGUGUUGGGAGUGCGACGAGUACGGCUACUAAAGUGAGUACGACUACUGCUGCUGCUACGACUACGGUUACGGCGACAGCGACAGGAACAGCAGCGCACUAUGCUCAAUGUGGUGGUGAUGGAUGGACAGGCGCGACGACUUGUGCGGAUGGGUAUACCUGCACGAAGAUGAAUGAGUAUUAUUCGCAGUGUUUGUAG